AUGGCCAGCCACCUAGCUUCGAUAUACGGAACGGAAAACGACAAAGUGAACUGCUCAUUUUAUUACAAAAUCGGCGCGUGCCGUCACGGUGAAAAGUGUUCCCGAAAACACGUCAAGCCCACCUAUUCCAACACAGUGCUGUGCUCGAACCUGUAUCAAAACCCAGCUAAUGGCGAAUCAGAUCCUCUCAAUGAGGACGGAUCGAAGAUGACCAAGGCGGACCUCGACAAGCACUUUGCACUCUUCUACGAAGACAUUUACAUGGAGGCAGCCAAACUGGGACGCCUGGAGGAGAUGAUUGUGUGCGAAAACGGCAACGAUCAUCUCACGGGAAACACAUAUCUGCGGUUCCGGAACCAGGAGGAUGCUCAGAGGGCAUGCGACCUAUUCAACACACGGUGGUAUGCCGGACGGCCCGUUUGGUGCGAACUAAGUCCCGUCAACGACUUCACCGAGUCGUGUUGUCGCCAGCAUGACACCAAUGAGUGUUCGCGAGGCAACAUGUGCAACUUCAUGCAUGCCAAACGGCCUCCACGACAGCUGGCAAAGGAUCUGGACGCUUCUCAGCGGAAAUUUUAUAACCGUCAGAGGGACCGAAAGUCCAAGCGGUAG